AUGUCAUAUAGAAGGAAAAGUUUGUAUGCUUUUGGUAAUGGAAAUUGUGGACAAUUUGGUGUAAAAAUACGUGAUGAUUCAGAAUGUUUUGUUGAACCUACUCGGGUUAUUGGGAUUCCUGUUGAUGAACAUGGUGUUAAGGUAGUUUCAAUUGCCUGUGGUUUAAGUCAUACACUUUUUCUCUGUCAUGAUGGAACAGUUUGGAGUGUUGGUUCUAAUGGUUUUGGUCAAUUGGGAAGAGAAUGUUGUGAGGAAGGUUCAUAUUCAAUAUAUCCUGUAAAUUUGGGAGUUGGAGCUAAAAUAAUACAAAUAUCAGUUGGAUGUAAUCAUAAUUUAGCUGUUGUUGAGGAUGGUAGACUUUUAGGAUGGGGUGAUAAUUCAAAAGGACAAAUUUUGUCUAAUUUUCCAAGUGAAAAGAUAAUCUUACCUAGAAAAUUGUGUACUUUUACAGAAGUUGUUCAAGUUUCAUGUGGUGCAGCUUCCUCUAUGGCAUUAUCUGAAGCUGGAACUAUAUGGAUAUGGGGAGAAUAUAUGUCAAAAGUUUUAAGAGAACCUAUUAUAGUUGACUUGAUUGGGUUUUUACCUAUUGUUCAAAUUGCUGCAGGUGAUUAUUAUUAUGUUGCUUUAACAGCUAGUGGUGGUGUUUAUACAUGGGGUACAAAUGAUUGUGGACAAUUAGGACAUAAAGAUUACGUGUGUCGAAAUUUACCUAAAAGAGUUAAACAUUUAGAUUCAAUGAAUAUUGUUUAUGUAGCCUGUGGUUCUAAUCAUACAUUGGCACUAUCUAAAGAUGGUAAAGUUUUUGCAUUUGGUAGUGACUCUUCAGGACAAUGUGGUUUAGGAAGAAAAAAAGAUCGCGAAGAUGUACCAGUAUCAAUACCUGAAUUUUUAGGAUCACAUGUUUCAGCUAUUGCCUGUGGAAGAAGGCACUCAUUGGCAUUGGUAAAUGGGCAAGCUUGGUCAUUUGGAACUAAUAACAAUGGGCAACUGGGUUUAAAUAGUUUUAAUACACAAAUAACUCCAAGAAAAUUAAAAAAUUACCAUAAUAUAGCAUCAAUAUUUGCUGGAUCUGAUCAAAGUUUUAUGAUUGAAGAUCCAUUAUAUCAAAGUACAAUUGUUGAUUCAGCGACAAAUUGUCUUAAAGUUCCGAGAUUUUUAAAUAUUGUUACUGUUAGAGAGUUAAUUAAAAAAAAUGAUAACAUAGAAUUAAUUGGUGUUCUUGAAAAUAUCUUUACAUCAAUAUCAGCAAUGAAUGGUAGUUUUCUUUUUAGUGAUGAUAGAAGAUUCAACUGUUCAGCUAAAAAUCAUGGAAUAAAUUUAGAUGAAGCUAUGGAAAGUUUUGAUUUAAUAACAAAACUUCGAGAUGCCAACCAUAGUGUUGUCGAUGCCAUUGUCAGUAGUUUAUGUCAAAUAGAAUUUUGGGAAUCAGAAAGAAUUUAUAGUUUUAAUGGUCAUAUUCCAGCUGAAAGUUUACGAUUAUUCUUAUAUCUUCCCUGGUUUCAUGUGAUGGUUGAUAAAGAUCAUGAACUUUUUGCUACAGUUACAUUACCAUUUUUAAGGGCUCUAUUUCAGUAUACUGAAGAACAGGAAUCAAAAGAAAUUUUAAUGUCUUGGUGGUCUCAAAUUCAGGCACGACAUUUCAGAAGAAUAAUUCAUGUUAUUCUUAGUGCAAUAGGAUUUUGCUUAGUUUGCAAAGAUGAUAAAAAGCAAGUUAAUGAAAAAACUUCUAAGGUUCCUAUAGAGAAAUUUUAUAUUGACAACUUGGCUGAACAUGUUGAUAUAAAGAGAGACUUUUUUAAUUUUAUUUCUGGUACUGGUCAACCAGUUAAUGGACAUUUUUAUUGGACACAAUUUCCAUUUGUCAUGAAUGCUUUAGCCAAGUCAGAAUUAUUACAAUUAGAAUCUGAAUUUUUAAGAAUCCAGGCUGCCAGUGCAGCUGGACCAACAAUUCAUUAUAUUUUUAAUCCUUUAGUUGGAACAUUACCAGUUCUCAUUGAAGAUGAUCGUUUUCUGGAAAUGAAAAUAAGGAGAACACAUAUAUUGGAGGAUGCUUUAAAUUUUAUUGCUGGGAAAACGAGGGCACAAUUAGUUAAAGGUCUUCGUGUAACAUUUGAAGGUGAACCAGGAGAGGAUGCUGGUGGUCUUAAGAAAGAAUUUUUUAUUUUAGUUUUCAAAGAACUUUUUCAACAACAUUUUGGAAUGUUUAAAGAAGAUAGUGAAAGUCAUUUAGUAUGGUUUUCAGGAUAUCCAACAGAUCUUGUUAAUUUUAAACUUUGUGGAAUUCUUUGUGCAUUAGCAAUUUAUAAUCAAGUAUUGGUUGAUUUUCCAUUUCCAUUAGCUUUAUAUAAAUUAAUUCUUGGUAAAGAAGUUAAUUUAGAAGACUUAUUACAAUUAUAUCCAUCAGAGGGAAGAGCAAUGCAAUCAAUGUUAGAAUAUGAAGGAGAUGAUUUUGAAGAAACAUUUGGAGUAUAUUUUGUAGUAAACUUUGAGAUUUUUGAUGAGAUAAUUGAAGUUGAAUUAAAACCUGACGGAGCCAAGACACCUGUAACACAAUUAAAUAAAAAUGAAUUUGUUAAUCUUUAUGUUAAAAGAAAGCUAACUAUUGGUGGUAAAGAUGAAAUGAUAAGAAAACAAUUUGAAGAAUUUUUAUCUGGAUUUAAAACAGUUAUGUCAUCAAGUUUACUACCAUUUUUCCAACCAAAAGAGUUACAUGAAUUGGUUGUUGGUAAUGAAAGUUAUGAUUGGCAAGUUUUCAAAGAUACAACUAUUUAUAAAGAUGUUUUUCAUCCUAAUCACCCUACAAUCAAAGCAUUUUGGGAGGCAUUUUUUGAAUUUAAUUUAGAACAACGAAAAAAAUUCCUCCAAUUUCUUAUGGGAUCAACAAGAAUUCCUAUUCAAGGUAUAGGAUCAAUUAAAAUGACAAUUCAACCAAUUCCUGAAAAUUUAUUACCUGUAGCACAUACGUGUUUUAAUAUAUUAGAUUUACCAAAAAUUGAGGAUACUCAAGAAAUGUAUAAAAGAUUACUCAUUAGUAUGGAACAUGGACAAGAAGGUUUUAAUUUAGUAUAA